AUGUUAUCGUGUCGGUUUUACGCCGAGGAAUUCCCCGAAGUGGAUGACACGGUCAUGGCCAAUGUUCGACAAGUGGCUGAGAUGGGAGCCUAUGUUCGUCUUCUCGAAUACAACAAUAAAGAAGGAAUGAUUCUGCUUUCGGAACUUUCGCGCCGGCGUAUUCGCUCUGUGAACAAGUUGAUCCGAGUUGGAAGAAACGAAUGUGUGGUGGUGAUCAGAGUCGAUAAAGAUAAAGGCUACAUUGACCUUUCAAAACGGCGCGUUUAUGCAAAGGAUUUGAUACAAUGUGAAGAACGAUUUGCAAAGGCAAAAGCUGUCAACAGUAUUUUGCGUCAUGUCGCCGAUCAGCUUGGAUAUACAAAAGAUGAGCAACUUGAGGAUCUUUACAACAAAACAGCGUGGUACUUUGACAAGAAGGAAAGAAGAAAGGCAGCAUGUCACGAUGUUUUCAAGAAGGCUAUUCAAGACCCAACGGUGCUUGAUGAAUGCGAUAUUUCGGAUGAUAUCAAGGAGAAACUCUUAGAAGACAUUAGGAAAAAACUUACGCCACAGGCUGUCAAAAUCCGUGCCGAUAUUGAGGUCACCUGUUUUGCCUAUGAUGGUAUUGAAGCUAUCAAAGAAGCGCUUGUAGCAGGCAAGAAUUGUUCCACCGAAGCGAUGCCGAUUAAGAUUAAUUUGAUCGCCGCUCCACUCUUUGUCGUGACCGCCCAAUCAACGGAAAAAGACGAUGGUCUAAUUGCUGUCAACAACGCUCUCAAUGUGGUCAAGGAGGCCAUCGAGAAACACGGCGGGAAAUUCACCAUCAAAGAAGAGGCUCGCGUUAUCAGUGAUCUCGAGGAUGAAGAGAUGCGUAAGAGGCGAGAAAUGCUUGAAGAAGAGGAAGCUGAGGAAGGCAGCGACGAGGAUGAGAGUGAAGAAGAGGCGGACGAUGAUGGUCUCGUCGCUCCGAAGGGUUUGGAUCAGCAGUUGGAUGAACAAGAGGCUAGCCAAGGACAUAAAAAAGCUGCUGAAGACGAUGAUGAGGAAAGCGAU